UGUUUUGACAGACAGGUUUGAACUCUGCGCUCAACUAAUAAAUUUAAUUUUGAAUUCUUUAAAAUGUGAAGCAAAAACUUUUAUUCGUCUCAAUAUGUGUUAUUUAAUAAAAUGCUGCAUCGUUGAAAUUCAACUGUAUUAAAAGACUUCUUCCCUCCAAAAAUGUCUUAUCAUAUUCAAGAUUAUUCUGCUCUUGAUGGUGGUCCAUUAGAGUAUUCAAAUGGAAUACAGCUGCCAAGUUAUGGCAAUGGAAUUGCUUUGGGUCAGGAAUAUAGUUUAUUACAGAGUAUUUUAGUUGAUGGAGGCACACAUUUUGGUGUUUCUACUGUUUGUUUUGAUAGCUUUGAAGAGCUUUUAUGGAUGGGAAAUCAAGGUGGUCAUAUGACAUCUUAUUCAACUGCAGAGCUACAUAAGUAUACUUCUUUUCAAAUUCAUGUUAGUAAUGAAGUUAGAGCAAUUGUUCCACAUGAAGCUGGAAUGCUUUCUUUGACUAGCAAUUCCUUACGUAUGUCUGCUAGAAGAGGCUUACCUAUUUUCAAUCACUGUUCUGAACAGAUUCAAAAUAUGCAGUGUAUGGUUUUGACUCCUACUGGAACUUUGUUAAUGGGUGGCCAUCAUAAGAAUCUCAUUGAACUGGAUUUAAAUACUUUAGAAGAAAUUAAUGUUGUACAAGUUAAUAGUGACAACUGUGCCAUUCUUCGCAAGCAUCCCCGCUUCAUUUGCUCUGGUGAUAUAAAUGGAAAAGUUACUCUUCAUGAUCCUAAUACAUUGAGUGUAGAACAUACAAUUGAUUGCCAUACUGGCAUGCUUUCUGAUUUUGAUGUUCAUGGAAAUCAAUUAGUUACAUGUGGUUUUUCAGCAAGGCGAGGUGAACUAUCAGUUGAUCAGUUUCUGAAAGUGUAUGAUUUGAGAGUGAUGAAAAGUAUGAGUCCAAUACCAAUGAUGUUUCCUCCCCUGCUGCUUCGUUUUGUUCCAGCUUACUCAUCUCGUUUAUGUGUUGUCUCACAGACAGGGCAAUUUCAAAUGGUAGACACUGAUAAUUCUGAUCAAUAUGCAUUAUUUAUUCACCAAGUAGAAACUGGUGGUGCUGACAUUCUUACAUUUGACACUUCAUCAUCUUGUCAAGCCUUUGCAUUUGGUGAUGCUGCUGGUUAUUUACAUUUGUAUGGGGCCAGUAAUGAAGUGCAAUUCAAUCAGUUCAACAGACCAACAGAAUUUGCUGAUUCUGUCGAACCUUUCCAACCAAUAGACAUAAAUGAUGAAAUUACACCUCUGUCAAUAAUUCCUAUGCCACAUUGUGAAGACAAGUUGCUUUCCGAUUUACCUCCAGAAUUUUGCCAAGUUGUUUACAGACCAACACCACCUAUUGAUCCAUUAAUUCUGAAUUCUAUGAAAAUGGUUCGAUCAAUUGGUUAUGCUCCUAAUCCUGGAAAUCGGCGGCGUAAUCAGGUUCCAUAUCAACUGGAUAAUAAACAACUGGACUCUCCUGUAUCUCGAGAUGAUGGUCCUGAUUUGGUUCCCAAUCGAUAUUUAAAACAAGAAAUAAAGUAUACAAAAAUGGGUCUGGAUGAGAUUGAUUUCAAUCGAUUUAAUCAAACGAGUUUUUCAGGUCUUGAAGCAAAUUUACCCAAUUCUUACUGUAACAAUAUGAUCCAGAUUCUGUAUUUUAUUGAGCCUCUAAGAAGCGCUCUUCUGAGUCAUCUGUGUCAGCGAGAAUUUUGUCUUUCAUGUGAAUUAGGAUUUUUAUUUCAUAUGUUAGAUACAGCUGAAGGUUUGCCUUGUCAGGCUGCUAAUUUUUUGAGAGCAUUUCGCACUAUUCCCGAAGCAUCAGCUCAUGGCCUGAUUAUAAAUGACAUUAAUGAAUCUAAGAAAAAAGAAAAUCUACCAACAUUAGUCCAAAGUUGGACUCGUUUUAUGCUUCAACAGCUGAAUGCAGAAACUGCAGAUGUGAAUGAUCAUAUUUCUGAAGAAAAUGUAUCCGAGAACACAUCCAUAAUGACAUCACUUUUUGGAGCAAAACUGUUUAGCUGCAACAGUUGCCGUUGUAGAACUGAAACUUGUCAGGAAACUACUACUUUAUUAACUCAGUUGUUGUAUCCAGAGAAGACAUCAACUUUGUUACCUUUUCUGGAUAUUUUACAAAGAAGUUUGUCUGUCAAGCAGCAUAUUACGGCUUGGUGCGAUAAUUGCAGACGUUUUACUAGUAUGACACAAACAAAGUUUCUGAAAUCUUUACCGGAUAUUCUUGUGCUUAACUGUGGUGAAAGCAAGCCGGAGAUAGAAUUUUUGAAAAGCCAGUUAAAAUUAUUGUAUGAAUCCAGUGACAGUUCCAUUAAAAUUUUACCAGAAUUUCCUGUUCUACGAAAAAAACAGUGUCGUUAUGGCAGCCUCUGUAGAAGAACAGACUGUAGAUAUUAUCAUGAGCAUAAGAACAAUAAGAAUAUGCAAGAGUUAUCUCAACCUAAUCAAUCAUGGAUGCCAUUAGAAUUUAAAUUAAAAGUUAAAGGAGGUGAAGUAAUAGUGGAGGAUUGCAGUAAAGCCACUGAAAAAAAAGAGGAGUGCAUUGACUGUACUGUUGAAGAAAACAAUGAAUCUGUUGAAUAUGAACUUUUUGCAGUUGUAUCAGUUAUAACUGAUCUUCAAGAAAAUGGAAGAGAUAAUAUAGUGAGUUGUAUUAGGGUUGGUCCAAUUGGCCAUAUGCGACAUAAAGGAGGAGCUGCCUAUCAGUGGUAUUUAUUCAACGACUUCAGUAUUGUGGGUAUUACUGCACAAGAAGCUGCAUAUUUAAAUCAUGAAUGGAAAAUACCAUGUGUUCUUUAUUAUGCGAGAAAAGAUGUGAAUAACAGGCAUGACUUGCAAGUUUUGAAUCCUGUUGGGCAGCAAGUAUUCAGAGAAGAUGUAUCUUUAGCUGCUAGGAGUGGACAGUCACAUAUUACAUUUACGCCUUUGUCUAUUGAUGAAGAACAUGUUCUUCCAACUGGGCAACUUGUAGCUAUGGAUGCUGAAUUUGUCACUUUGAAUCAAGAAGAGGCCGAAAUCAGAAGUGAUGGUACGAGGUCAACAAUCAGACCAUCGCAAAUGUCAGUAGCCAGAAUAUCAUGUGUUAGAGGUGAUGGUCCUUUGGAAGGUGUUCCCUUUAUUGAUGAUUACAUAUCUACACAGGAACAGGUAGUUGAUUAUCUGACUAAAUUUUCUGGGAUUCAGCCUGGGGAUUUAGAUGCUUCUAUAUCAUCAAAGCAUUUGACCACACUGAAAGCAACUUAUCAAAAGUUAAGAUUUUUAAUUGACACUGGUGUAACAUUUGUAGGCCAUGGUUUAAAAAAUGAUUUUCGAGUCAUCAAUCUUGUGGUACCUCCCGGGCAAGUAUUGGACACUGUUUAUCUUUUUCAGUUACCUAAUAAGAGAAUGGUUUCUCUUCGAUUUCUUGCUUGGCAUUUCUUAGAUCUGAAAAUACAAGCAGAAACACACGAUUCCAUAGAAGAUGCAAAAACUGCUUUGCAAUUGUACAAAAAGUAUUUAGAAUUGAAACAAACAGGGAAACUGAAGGAAGCCCUUAAAGAGCUCUAUGAAGUUGGUAGACAGAUUCAAUGGAAAGUUCCUGGAAUUGACAGUUGAAGAAUCUGUUUUUGUUUAAUAUUGUUCACUUGAGUACAAUCAUGCUGUUUUACAAAAAUUACCAUUUGUUUGAUGGUGCAAGAAAAGGAAGUUUUAAACAAGUUAUGAAUUCUUGUAAUAAGCAUUCCAUUAAGUUCAUUCAAUCAAAGAAAAAGAAAAUGGUAUUUUAUUCAUCAUGAUAAUAAAGUAGAAGUUCUUUUCAUUAAAACAUUUGCAGUUAUUUUAAGAUUUUUGUUAAUAUUUAUUUUUCUACUGAAAUUCUUAUUUUUACUUUACACUAAUUUGUUUGAAUUUUUUUUACUUAACUGAUAGUUAUAUUUAUUGAACUGUUUGUUCUUUUAAAAUGAUAUGCAGGAAAUUAUUAAAUUUCUUU